AUCAAGCCUUGGAUAACAAAGCGUGUAACAGAAAUUCUGGGGUUUGAAGACGAUGUGGUCAUUGACUUUAUUUUCAACCAGCUGGAAGUGAAGGCCUGAACCAAAAUGGAAGUUAUUCCUUGCGUGUGAAGUAUAGCACCAUCACCUAUUUAGGGCACAGCAGAGUGAGUGUCCAAUGUCGCUCUGACCCAACUCUUGAUGAUGCAGUGUUUGCUCUGGAGAUAAAUGAUAUAACAUUAAACUCAAGGUGGUUGAGUUGCUGUAGGCAGUCGGAAGCAAGCCAAGCGAACACCUUUCUCUCCGGGGGAACUGGGAGAUACCCCCAAACCUCCCCCAAGGUUCCAAGAAGAGGCUGAAGACUGCUGGAAUCUGUACUUUGUGCUGUUGCGCUAAGCUUGUCACAAGGAUCUAUACCGCUUGACUAUGUACAUAAUAUUUCAAACUGCCCAGUGAUCUUUUAAGCCUUUGUGGACUAUACCACCUUUUUAUGUUAACCCACCAGCUUAGUUAGCACUACAUAUAAGUCUUCUGUAGUCUACAGAGUUAAUAAUUUGUUUAAUUGUUAUGUAGUACUGUUGCUGUGUCAAGUAUACAGAAUAGACGUUGCAAAGUCAGAUAUGCAGGUAUUUAAUUUGACGAGAUCCACAAAGGGUUAACAGGCCAUUAUUAAUAUGCAGUAAUUUGGCAGAAUGUAUGCCACAAAGACCUACUAAAAUUUAGUUUUCCCUAAAUGUACAUUAUUUAGAGCAAAAAAAAAAUAAUUCUGAAAUAGUUUGCAGUACUCACCUGUAAAUCUUCCUGUUGUCUCUUUUUCAGAACCCAGACUCUAAAAUGAUGCAAAUUAACCUGACUGGCUUUCUAAAUGGAAGAAACGCCCGGGAAUUUAUGGGAGAGCUAUGGCCACUACUACUGAGUGCCCAGGAAAACAUUGCUGGAAUUCCUACAGCAUUCCUUGAACUGAAAAAAGAAGAAAUCAAGCAGAGACAGAUUGAGCAAGAGAAGCUUGCAUCUCUAAAGAAGCAAGAUGAUGACAAAGACAGAAGAGACAAAGAUGAUAGAGACAAAAGGGAUCGAUCCCGAACUCCAAGAAGGCGCAAAUCGCGGUCAUCCUCGCCACGGAGAAGGUCUCCAAGCAGGAGAGAGAGGAAAAGAAGCCACUCUCAUUCACCAAGACACAAAACUAAAAGUCCAAGCCCUGCUCCAGUUUUUGAGAAAAAGGAGGCAGAAAUUCAAGAACCUGAGCCCUCUCUAAAAGUGAAGGAACCAUCUGUACAAGAGGCAACAUCAUCAAGUGCAGUACAGCAGCAUCAUUUGACUGAUGUGGCAGUGAUCAGUGACAUAGUGAAAGCUUCCAAACCAGAUCUUGUGGCAGAUACGAAGGAAACUUCACCUGAGCCAAACUCACGAAAGCCAAAAGAGAAAGAGAGACAUCGUCACAGAUCACGCUCGCGCUCCAAAUCAAAAUCCAAGUCUCAUUCCCCUUCCCACCCUAGAACACGUAGGCGUCAUCGAUCAAGAUCAAGGUCUUAUAGCCCUAGGAGAAGACCUAGCCCUCGGCGUAGACCUUCACCGAGGAGGAGAAGUCCACCUCGCCGUAUGCCGCCACCACCUAGGCACAAGAGAAGUAGGAGUCCAGUCAGGCGAAGGCGACGCUCUUCUGCAUCAGCGUCUGGAAGCAGCAGCUCCUCCUCUUCAUCACGGUCACCACCACCUCCAAAGAAACCACCCAAGAGAAUGUCCUCUAGCCCACCACGCAAGCCUCGUCGUUCCUCCCCAUCUGCAAGUCCUCCAAGAAGGCGUUUUAGGCAGUCUCCUCCACCAAGCCCACCUCCAAAAAGGCAUUCUCCUUCCCCACAGUCCUCUCGACUCAGAAAGGCACGAGGCUCUGUGUCUCCUCCUCGUGCACAAGUACCAAAACACAAAAUUCCAGAAAAGCGGAAGACUCCAUCGCCACCUCCAAAACCUCGCAAAAGAGACACAUCUGAUUCAGAUGAUGAAAAAGGAGGCAAAAUGGGAGCGUCAGAUUCGGUACAGCAGCGUCGUCAGUACAGAAGACAGAACCAACAGUCGUCCUCUGACUCUGGAUCAUCUUCCUCUUCAGAGGAUGAGAGGCCAAAGCGCAUUGCAGUGAAGAAUGGAGAGGUUGGCAGAAGGCGCAGGCAUUCAGCAUCAAGAAGUCCUUCACCUUCAAAGAAGAGACCUCGUGAUCCAUCUCCACGGAUGCAGACUGUGAAAAGGUGGCAAUCACCUCUUCUUAAAAGCAGAAGAAGGAGGAGUCCAUCUCCACCUCCUGCCCGAAGAAGGCGCAGUCCUUCUCCUGCUCCACCUCCCAGGCGGCGUCGAUCUCCAUCUCCUCAAAGGCGCAGAUCUCCAUCACCUCACAGGCAUUCCUCCUCUCAAAGACGGUACUCACCACCCAUUCAAAGAAGAUACUCCCCCUCUCCUCCCCCAAAAAGGAGAACUUCUUCACCACUGCCCCAGCCUCCUCCAAAACGUCGAGUAUCACAAUCUCCUCCUCCAUCAAAGCACAGAGUAUCACAUUCACCUCCACAAAAACAUAAAGGGUCACCUGGAGGAAAGAGACGUUCUCCAUCACUAUCCUCUAAACACCGUAAAGGAACUUCUCCUAGCCGCUCAGGGCGAGAAACCCGCUCCCCACCACAGACUAAACGUUCUUCACCUUCUCCACGUCCACGAGCAGCUAUAAGCUCUGAGAGUCCUCCAACUCACAGAAGAGGAGGGUCCUCAUCUCCUCCCAGGAGGCAGCAGUCCCCUUCACCAAGCAGUAGGCCAAUUAGACGAGUAUCAAGGACUCCAGAACCGAAGAAACCUAAAAAGGAAUCUCCCAGUCCACAGCCUGCAGGAGGCUCCUCAUCACGAUCUGUUUCUGGGUCCCCGGAGCCAGCUCCCAAAAAACAAGUAGUCCCCCCAUCCCGGUCUAGAUCUCGUUCUCCAUCUGGCAACUGGUCCCCAGCUCCAGCACCUGCUAAGAAGACCAAGAGUGCCACACCCAGCCCGUCUCCAGCUCAGACCUCUGAUCAAGAUGGUGGUGGAGGUAAAAAGAAAAAAAAGAAAAAGGACAAGAAACACAAAAAGGAGAAGAAGCACAAGAAACACAAAAAACAUAAGAAAGAGAAGGCUGCAGCUGCUGUAUCUCCUGCAUCGCCUCCAUCUCCUCCAUCGCCAGCAUCGCCUGCAUCUCCUGCAUCUCCAGAACCUGGUGAACCUGAUGCAGACAUUGAAGCCAAGAAGGAGACUGAAAGUGAUGGCGAUGGAAAUCUAGACGAUUUGGAGAAGCAUUUACGAGAGAAGGCUCUGCGUUCCAUGAGAAAAGCGCAGGUUUCCCCUCAGCCCUAGUGGUGUUCGCUUUCCAGUUACAAUAAUGUACAUUUUAUAUAGGUUUUUUUUUUUUUUUUUUUUUUUUUCUAAAAUGGCUGAAAGGAAACAUUUGUCUGCCAUUGCUUUUACUACUGAAAAUCCUGGUUGCCAGACUUUUUUUUGUGCUGUACCACUGGAGUCACUAAGAGCAAGCAUGCAGAUCAGAAGUUCUGAUGUUCCUCUAAUUGCACUUGUGCAUACUUGUUUCAAUCCAUACUGAAUCUAAAGGAUCAGCAUGACAGCCUGGCAACUGGCAUUUUCAGGUGGUCUAAACUGGCAGCCUUUGAAUUUCUGUCAUGAUGGGUUUCCUUUAUUGCACGGAAGUUUUUUCCAAUUGUUAAUAGAAGAGGUUUUGCUUUGUUAUCCCAUAAAUCAUCCACACAGUGACUCAAGGAGUUUGACAACUGCAGCUGCAAAAUAUGCAGUUCGACUGUGCAGUCUUAGGCCCCUUACUGUAUUAGUUCAUUCCUGUUCUUUCAGGAAUGAAAUUUUGAUGCGUUAAAACAGUUUUUCUCCUGAUGUGUGCUUUUAAUAUCUUCCAUUGUCUUGCCAUUUAUUUCCAGAUUGAAUAAAAUUUUCAGGCCAAUUAUUUUCAUAACCAUAUGUGAAGAGCAUACUGAUGGGUAAUGGUUAAGGAGGUGAAUGCAGUACAUUAGUAUGUAAGGGGUAACAGUUGUGGUGUAAUGCGGCUUUGUUGCUCUGUAUACCUUUUUGUAUGUGGCCACAAAAAAAAGUUUACCUCUGAGUCUGUUGUAUUCAUCAAAUGUCCUUUUCACCACAGUGUUGUGGAUAAGUUUUUUCAUUUGAAGAGAUAACUUGGAACACUGGAAUUUCAUGACUAUGUUAUUAAAGGUUUUUUUUAAGGG